AUGGAAGUGGCUUCAUUAGUUCAACCGACGCUUAGUCAACAAGAUUCUGCCGACGGAUGCUUACAAAGUGCUACAACAGAUCGAAUUUUACAAAGAUCACCAGUGGAACGAAAUUAUUCACCGAACACAUCACCACAUCCGUUAGCAUUAUGUUUAGGUUCACAAACAUUAGUGCAAGCAACACGAAGUCCACCACCAUCAAAUAAUACGACCACAAGUGUUGGACAUUGGGGUUUAACAACCAAUUCAAAUUGUACAACACUAGCGAAAAAAGGAACUUUAGGAUUGGUGUGUGUUGUAUGUGGGGAUACCAGUAGCGGGAAACAUUAUGGGAUAUUGGCGUGUAAUGGUUGUAGUGGAUUUUUUAAACGAUCUGUACGGCGUAAAUUAAUUUACAGAUGUCAAGCGGGUACUGGUCGUUGUAUUGUUGAUAAAGCACAUCGUAAUCAGUGUCAAGCAUGCCGUCUCAAAAAAUGUUUAUCAAUGGGAAUGAAUAAAGAUGCCGUUCAAAAUGAAAGACAACCUCGUAAUACAGCCACAAUACGUCCAGAAACAUUACGCGAUAUGACUGUAGAUCAAGAAAGAGCACUACGUGAAGCAGCUGUUGCCGUUGGAGUAUUUGGGCCACCAGUGUCGUUAGCAAUGGCAUUAUCACCAGCUAGAUAUGCGCCAGGACUUUUGGGACCACCGUCAAUAACAUUACCACAACCUCCAACACCUAAACAUGAAUUAACCGACAAUGAUGAUGAUAGCAUUGACGUAACAAACGAAGAAGAACAUUCACCAUCGUUACGAGAAUCAAGCACAAGUGGAACACCAGUCCAACCAUGUGCAGUAAGUUCCAGUAGUGGACCGGUACGACCAGAACCACAUAAUCCAGCUCCACACCCGUCUUUAUAUAAUCCCGCACAUGAAACUGUUUAUGAAACAUCCGCCCGUUUAUUAUUUAUGGCUGUUAAAUGGGCAAAAAAUUUACCAAGUUUUGCUAGUCUACCAUUUCGAGAUCAGGUGAUACUUUUGGAAGAAUCCUGGAGUGAAUUAUUUCUACUAAAUGCGAUACAAUGGUGUAUGCCAUUAGACGCAGCAUCUUCACCACUAUUUUCGGUUAGUGAACAUAUGGCAAGUUCUGGAAAUGGUGUAAAAUCUAGUCAAAUAGCUACCGAAGUUCGUACACUUGCCGAUAUAUUAUCCAGAUUUAAAGCUAUUCUAGUGGAUCCAGCCGAAUUUGCAUGUUUAAAAGCAAUUGUAUUGUUUCGUGCUGUGAUCUUUCCAGAAACACGUGGUUUAAAAGAUCCCAGUCAAAUUGAAAAUUUACAAGAUCAAGCACAAGUUAUGUUGCUACAACAUUGUCGAGCACAAAUGCCAGGACAACCGGCACGAUUUGGACGACUGUUACUGAUGUUACCGUUGUUGCGUUUGGUACCAGCAUCACGAGUUGAGGCUGUAUUUUUUCAUCGUACAAUUGGAAAUACACCCAUGGAGAAAGUUUUAUGUGAUAUGUAUAAGAAUUGACAAUUAUUUUCAAUUACUUGUUUAAUUGUGAAUACAUUAAAACAGUGUAAAGUGCAAGCUCAAACGGAAAUUGUUCAAAAUUAUUGAUCUAUUGAGUAUAGUACCCUAAUGGAUUGCAAUCAGAUAUAUUCUCCUAAUAGAUCUGCGGCCAAGCGUAAUUUUAGUGAGUCAUUUCAGAAAAGCUGAGAAUUUCAUAGGCUAGUCAGCACGGCGACUUCAAUCGUAAGCCUAUUUCGCGUUCUCAAAGCGGGUGGCUUAGAUUUCCAACUAGAUUGCCAUUGUAUUGUCUGUCUCAAUUUUGAACUAAUUUCAGAAAUGAUAGAACCGAUUUUAAUCGACAGGUAUUCCAAAAAAAAAGAUAUGUAGUAGCUAUGUGAGAUCGUCCGCAAUGCCAAUGCGGGGUUUAGCUAAUCCACAACGCGAUUUCUGUUUCCUGACGA